AUGACAAUAAACUGUCAAAAUCAUGACAUCGCAUCGCAUAACAUAACCACCAACCAAAACACAUGGUGCGUGCGUGCGGUGCACGGUGAUUUAUCUCGUCAGGCGAAUAUUACCGCGUUUGUAAAUGUUGUUGAAACUUGUAAAAUGCAGAAAGUUAAAAGAAAAAGUAACGAUAGUCUUGAUGUUUCGCCAAAGAAAAAGAAAAUCAAUGAAAAAGGCAAACCUAGCAGUAAUGACAAACCUGGACCAAAAGAUGGUGGAAUAAAAAAUAAAUUUAACAAAGAUUUAAAAAAAGAUGGAUUUAAAGGUAACAAAGACUUUAAAAAAGAUGGAUUUAAAGGUAACAAAGACUUUAAAAAAGAUGGAUUUAAAGGUAACAAAGAUUUUAAAAAAGAUGGUUUUAAAGGUCCAAAUAAGUUUGGUAAACCUGGCAUGGGUAAAGGUAAGCCAAACUUUAAAAAAGAUGAUGCCCAAAGUGAGAAGCCAAAGUGGUCUGAGAUGAAGAAAGAAAAGAAGCAACUAAGAGUUACUAGGCGUAAAGCUAAAGCCACCGCUGAAGUAUUCGAAAUUUCACACAAAGCAAAAACACUAGCCGCUCAGAUACAAAGAAAAGUGAUCACUGAAGACGUCAGAAAAAAAGCCUGUAAGGAAUUGCACAAAUUGCUAAAAGGCCACUAUAAAUCAAUAGCACUAACACAUGACCUAAGCCGAGUUAUUCAAGUCUUACUCAAACACAGUGCAGAAGAUAUAAGAAAUGAAAUUGGUGAGGAGUUACUAGAUAUUAUGGUUCAAAUGAUGCAGUCAAAGUAUGCACAACAUGCUGUCAAGCGGAUAAUGAAGCAUGGCACAGACUUUAUCAGACAUGAAAUAUUGAAGAAGUUUUAUGGCCAUGUAGUUUCAUUGGCCACACAUAGCAUCAGUGCUCCGGUGCUGGACUAUGCUUAUGGGGAAUUUGCCACCAAAAAAGAGAAGUGUCACAUGCAACAAGAGUUCUAUGGUGAAAUAUAUAAAAAUUCAAAAGAUGAUAAGGUAAAGACUCUCACUGACACAUACAAGGACAGUCCUGAAAUGAGAACUGCAAUGCUUCAGUCUUGUAAAGCGAACAUUCAGAAGAUAUUAGAUAAAAAUCUACAUGAUGGAGAAUUGUUCCAUUCAAUCCUGUAUGACUACAUCCGCGAGUGCAGCCCCGAGGACCGCGCCGAACUGAUCUCGACACUCAGCCCCCUCAUAGUGCCACUCAGCAACUCACUUCCUGGCGUAAAUGCGGCGAGCAUAUGUGUUUGGCAAGGCACUAACAAAGAUAAGAAGACAAUGCUGAAAGUGGUCAAGGAGCAUGCAGUAUCCCUCAGUAAGCACAAGACUGGCUACAGGCUGCUGAUCGCGAUAUUUGACUCUGUCGAUGACACAGUACUAGUGAAGAAAGCGAUUGUUUCUACAAUCGCCAGUAAUUUAAAGGAUAUCGCCAAAGAUCAUUGGGGUAAUAUGACAUUACACUGGUUAGUCAAGCCAAAAGACUCGAGCGCUUUCCAUCCCAGCUUUAUUAAGUUUUUGGAAGAGGGCGCCAGCAGCGGUACUUCGAAGAAAGACCCAGAACUUCGAGUGUCGGAGCUAAGGGAGGCAAUACUUCCUGCUUUGAAACAAGACAUGCAGUCAGACCCUGAGUCCUGGCUUAGCAGUAAGAGUAAUAUGUUGUUGGCGGUUGCGGUACUCUCUAUUGAAUCAACAAAGGAGAUUUUAGAAGCUUUUGCAAAGGUGAUCUGUAAACCUGACUGGCGGAUCACUUCUGCAGAUGGUAAGGAGCUCUCCGCAGUAGAAGAUGCGGGCAUACACAUGUGUCUAAAGAAACUGGCUAUCUUGGACAAAGAUAAAGAUAGCGACACUCUGGGCGAAGCUGUGGCUGAAUAUUUAGAGAAUGAAACGUGUCAAGUUUGGCUGCCUACAAACAGAGGGUGUUUCUUCCUUUUGAAGCUGAUGGAAAGUAAUAAGGAUAAUGUCGCCAAUGCCCUAAAGAAGAAAAUUAAGCCUCAUGUUAAUAUCUUGAAGCAGCAAUCAUCAGAAGGUGCAAAAUUAUUGUUGCAAUUUGUUCAGAAAAAAUAA